AUGAAGAAAACACAUACAAGAUAUUUAUUGGAAAUACCAACUCAUGAAUAUUAAGAGAAAAAGGUUUAUUAUGUCAUUAAGGUAACAAAUUUGGAUACUAAUGAUUUCAAAGAAGUGAAAAAACGAUAUUCUGAACUAGAAUCAAUUCACUAUAAAAUUUUGGAAUGGAUCAACAUUUUCAAAAUAAAAAUCCCUUAGUUAUAAUUUCCAAAAAAAAAAAUUCUUUUCAGCACUAAUCUAUCAGAAGAGAGUGUUAAUAAGCGUGUAUUUUCAUUUAUUAAUGUAAGAGAGCUGAAUUAUAAAAAUAUUUUAAUGAUGUCUUCUAACAUCCUGAAUUACAAAGUUUAGGUUCAAUUGAAGAUUUCAUUCCUGUGACUAAAAACAGAAAACCUCUUGAUCAGAAUUAAACAUCUCAAAAUUCUAAUAAUUAAUGGUCUGAAAUAGAAGCAUUAAAGAAAUCUUAUUUAGCUAAACAUGAGAAUCAGGUUUUUUCAUUACCUUUAAUAAAACCACAACAAUAAAUCAAGUAUAUUAAAUUUUUACAUUCUUAUUAGAUAAUAAUACACCUUUAAGUUUGGAGAGCAUGCUUUCUUUGAUAAUUCAGCAAUUUACACCAUUGAAAUCACAGAUCAUUAUGCUAAUAAGAGUUGGAAAUUCAAUCAAAGAUAUCAAGAUUUGAAGGAAAAUCAUAGAUAAUUAAAAAAAAUAAAGAUUUCUUUUGAAUUACCAGAGUUUCCUCAUAAAAAAGUCAUAAAUUCUAUGGAUAAUAGUGAUUUAAAAGAUAGAAAAACUUAAUUAGAAGUCUAUCUAAACUCAAUAUUUAAGUACUCUUAUUAAUCUAAUAACUUAGAUAUCAUGAAUUAGUUUCAAGUAAUCUUAUGGUAUUCUUUAUUGCCAAAAGUUAAUUGGAUGGUAAUGAAAUAGGAUGUAGAUCUAAAGGACCAUCAUAAACAACCUUAGAAUAUUCAAGUAUAUAAAGUCAAUCAAAUAUCAUGGAUUAAAAUGAUGACUUUGAUCCAAAACAACCGAGAAAAAUUACCUGUUGA